CUCUGCUCUGUCAUACAUCGCAGCCAGCUCCUAUCCUUCUCACUCGCAAUCUGUGUUCUUUACCUACGCUUACACAAACACAUCCCUCUGGAAUCCAAUAUUCGCUAUGACCACAAGAUACCGUGUCGAGUAUGCUCUCAAGACUCAUCGUCGUGACCAAUUGAUUGAAUGGGUCAAAGGCCUUUUGGCGGUGCCAUUUGUACUUCUUUCCCAGCCUACUGCCUUAUUUGGUCAAGACGGUAUUCAUGGCACGGACGAGAUGGCACGUAAUGCUCAUGAGCGCUAUGCCCAGAUUAUGAGUGAUGUCGAAGGACUCAUCAACGAUCACAUAUCUCGCCAGAAGGAAGGCACUCAUACACAUUCGAAGCUCAAACUGCUCGUCCCGACUGUUGGUGUCUUCUUCACUCCUCUUCUCCUGCGUAACGCUUUUGAGUGGCAAGACCAAAGGCGAUACAUAAGUUCAAGGAGAUUCGUUGCUCCAAGUUUCAACGAUAUUCGUUUGAUCUUAAACACUGCUCAAGUCAUGUCGUUGGUCAAGCACAGUCGGCUGGAUCUCGUCACAUUCGAUGGUGAUGUUACACUAUACGACGACGGUCAAUCGCUCACAGACGACAAUCCAGCCAUCCCUCGCAUUUUAGAGCUGAUGAGAAGUGGCACCCGUAUCGGAAUCGUGACAGCAGCCGGUUACACCGAGGCUUCCAAGUACUACGGUAGACUUCACGGUCUACUCGAUGCCAUCGCAACAUCUGACCUUCAUGACGAUGUAAAGAAGAAUCUCAUCAUCCUUGGUGGAGAGGCGAGUUAUCUCUUCCAAUUCACCGGCGAAAGUCCGGACAGACUACUUCCAAUUCCACGCAAGGAAUGGUCACUCGAAGAGAUGCAAUCUUGGACCCAAGAUGAUGUCACAGAACUGCUUGAUAUUGCGGAAAAGGCUCUUCGUAGUUGCGUCGACUCGAUGAGACUCAAGGCCGAUAUUCUACGCAAAGAGAGGGCGGUCGGAAUCAUUCCAGUGGCAGGGUUCAAGCUCUCACGAGAACAGUUGGAAGAGACUGUUCUGGUCUGUCAAAAGACGCUGGAAAUGACUCCUGUUGGCAAAAGGCUGCCAUUCUGUGCUUUCAAUGGUGGAAGUGAUGUCUUCAUCGAUAUCGGCGACAAGUCUUGGGGUGUUCUGAGUUGCCAAAGAUACUUCGGCGGGAUCGCAGGAAACAGAUCUCUCCAUGUUGGCGACCAGUUCCUGUCGAUUGGAGCAAAUGACUUCAAGGCUCGUCUUGCAUGUACUACGGCGUGGAUCGCAAGCCCAACUGAAACCGUUGCACUCCUGGACGAGAUUUCCCAGCUUUCGAAAGCGCAUAGUCCCCUUGGAACGGAAGCAAACCUCAAGAGCUAAGGGAAGAUGCUUCCAGCGGUCCUCUUGUGUUGAGUUUCUGCAAGCAUUUAUCGUGCAUGAUGGAAUGUCGUCCCUACCUGUGGUCUCUUAUUAUGCAUAUAUACCAUUCUGUAAUUUUCAAUACAACAUUUCGAUAUGGCUG